AUGAUCGAGGAUACUCGACAAAAAUUACGCGAAUUAGCUGACUCGAUUGUCAGCAGAGAAGCAGCGAUUAAAGAGCUGCAAGAAAAGAUUAUUGAAGAAAGUUCAGAUACAGGCAACAGAACCAUUGAGAACUAUAUCAGCUGUUGGAGAAAGUAUUAUGAAACCUACUUUGGAUAUGUAUUAUUCCAAAAUGCCGACAACGGACCUGUGGAGUAUGGUACCUUCACUGUGGACCAUUCUGUUCAACAAUGUUUCAAGGAAGAGGCUAAGGCUCACGAAGCUCAGUGGCAAUCAGUAUCAGCAACAGUUAACUGUGAACUUUAUGAACCAUCAGGAAACAAAAAAGAUCUUCAGGAAGUGAAGAAGUUAAUACGAAAAUCAUACCAUGACCAAAUGCAAUUUGGUGAUAGCAUUUUGUUCAAGAAAAUUCAUGAAACUACCCUUAAGAACUUGAAACGUAAGAUUUAACUACUACCUCAUGCGAACUCCCACAUUGCAUCUUUCAAAAGUCAAUCAUGAGAGAAACUGUCAUCUCAUCUUUUUGGAUAAAUGUGUAUAACUGAAACUGAAAUGCAGUCCACGUGAAAACAGUAUUAUUUGUAUUUUGAACACCAGUGACAAGAGUUGUAGGUAUCGGUAUCAUGUAAUAUCAUAUCAUAUGGAAUCACGCUUAGUAUUGUGAAGACAAUCAUUCAGUGUAUCUCAGAUUUGGCAUUCACAAAACUCAAGCGACGACUUCUUCACAGCUGAACACUAGUUGUGGCCAAGUCGAUUCGAACCAUGUCAGACAUUCCCAAUACACCCUCACUGACAGCCGCACCCACACCCACACAAGCAUUAGUGCGAAUAACUGCAUUUGAGAUAUCUGAAAUAUAAUGCAUGGAUCAGGAUGACUGGAGUCACUAACUCUCAGUCAUUCUGGGUAUGGAAUGAUGCUCGCAACAGGCGUUGCUUGAUCUUCUACUCCUAAAGUUAACAUCGGUAGUCAAAACUUAUCGAUUCAUUCGUGUCUCUCCCAAUACUCGUGACAUUCGGUCUUGUUUACUGCAGCAUAAAAUCAUAAAUUCUCAACUGCUUUUAUUUUCUUUACAGGAGUAGGAGGAAGAAACUAGAGAA